AUGUUGAAAUGGGAUAAUAAGUAUUACGAAUACUCGGGAUAUUUAAAGAUGUUUCAAGGAAUGGAAACAGACUUGGAUGGCUCAAUAAGUGUAUCUCAUCACGAGUUAGAUAAGAAAAGUGAUGAUUCUUACGAAUUUUCAUUCUUUGACCGUCUGCCUAUUGAAAUAUUUUUGCAUAUCUGCUCUUUUUUAGAGGUAAAAGAUAUGGUAUUAACUCUUAGUAGGGUAUGUAGAAGGUUUCAUAGCAUUUUGGGAGAUGAAACCAUUUGGAAAUGCUGGAUCGCUAAGCGUUUUUGUUCUAGAUACCCUAUAAGUCCCGUUGACACUGAUUUUAACUGGAGAGGAGCUUGUUUUGAUAUUGAAAGGGAAUGGAAAUUGUGGGAAAAUAAAGAUCAAAAUAUUAAAUACAUUAAUGUAAAUGACGUACAUAUAUCUUCUUGCGACGCUGUUUUAUUUAUUAAUUCGGGUACCCAUUGUAUUACUGGCUCUCGGGAUCGUAGCAUGGUUUUAUGGAAGCCUUUAUUAAUGACUGAAAGACCAUACCAAUUUACUCAUCAUCAAGUAGCUCAUGAGGGUUGGAUUUGGAGGCUUAUUUAUGUAGAUAAUUUAUUGUAUUCAUGUUCUUGGGAUAAUACUGUCAAGUCAUGGAGUCUUGAAGCAAGCAGCUUUCAACAUAUAUCCACAUUUAGUUGUGCUACUCCAGCGCUUGCUUUGACUUCACUUAAUAAGCUCAUAGUUGCUGGAGAUUAUGGAAAGACUGUCUAUGCAUUUGACCCCAGAGCUAACAAAGAACCUCAGUUCACAUAUGUCGCACAUUCGAGAGCUAUAUUAAAUUUAGGAUCAAAUGAUACAGAUAUAAUUUCUGGUAGUGAAGAUAGAUCAAUAGUAAUUUGGGACAGUCGUAAUAAAAGUGUUAAAGAAAGAAUUGAGCUUAGCAAAAUAUCAUACCCGAGUUCUUUAGAAGUUGAUGGUAAAAAUAUAUAUGUGGGUGAUAGCAAAGGUCCCAUACAUGUUUACAGUACACAAAAUGGAAAAACUUCACUGAUAUCCGAUUUUGAAAUUGGUCACACUAAAGCUGUAUCGAUAAUUAAAUGUGGUAGGGGAUAUCUCAUUACUGGCUCUCUUGAUGGAACAAUUAAAAUUUCACUGCCUACAAGUCCUCCACAAGCUAUAGCUACAGUUAGAAGUGUGGGGGGACAAGUUGGUGGCCUUGACUAUUGCAAUGGCAUGUUGGCUGCUGGAUCUGCCAAUUGUGUUGAAUUUUGGAUUUCUAAAGAAUUAUUUGACAAUUAA